AGUGUGUUUGCCCGUGUGUGUACACGUGAGAUAUCGUUCAAAGCAGCGCAUUGCACAGUUGCGGCAGCGUAACUCUCUCUUCCUCCCUCUCUCUGUCUCUCCCCAUCUCUUUCGCUAUUUCAUACUUUUCUCCUUAACAGCUGCAGGUGUCGCUGCUCCGCUGGUUGGUCCCUCUUUUUUUUUGGCUUUUGCUUAUGUCUGCGCAUCCAUCGUCCUCGCCCUCCUCUGAUGUCCCUCGCAGUAUUCCACCGUCGCAGCAGUCCGCAGCGGGGGUGCCGAGCAGCGCCGGCAAUCCCAUCGAGCUGCACGGUGUGCCCAUCGCCUAUCGUCAAAGCGAUGGCAGUGAACAGCCUGCCGUCAUCGAGCCCUCGCACCCGCCCGGCGACGACCCAUCCGCGGAGCGUCGCCUCGAUCCGCUGCAGCAGCAGCAGCGGCAGUAUCCUGAGGGAAAUUCGAACUGUCCCAGCGCAAGCGGUUAUGCCGCGGCAUCACCACCGGCGGCGACGGUCGAGCGGGUGUCGGCGUCGCCUUCUGCGACACGUCACACCCCGUACCCGGCGGCUGGCGUGGUGACCGACGAGCGGGAAUUGGAUGAUGAGCGGCGCCGCCAACCCCCGCCGGGCGGUGCAGGAGCCCCCGCCGUCAGCAACAAUAACAGCCACCUUAAUAAUAAGGACGAUGCGGACAGCAGCCACAGCACGAACGCAACCGGCAAGGGCAGUGCGGACGACACGGCGGGCGUUACCUACAACUCCGUUGCGAAGCCGGUGUUUUCACCCUUUCAGGAGCUGCGUGCGCGUGGGCUGCAACGGGAGAUGUCGUCGUCGCUGCCGCAGCAGCAGCAGCAGCAGCAGCCGUCAUCGCCGUACAACGUUUUCGCACCGGCUUACGCGCUGGCUUAUGCUCAGCCGAUCUCGGCCUACGGCGGCUCUCCGCCGUACGCCCCAAACACUCCCCCGGCACCGAUAGUGGUUGUUCCGACGGCGAUGAACUACCAGGCGCAACUGUACUCCCAGCAGCAACAGCAGCCGUAUAUGAUGCCCUACCCACAGCUGACUCUUCAGCAGGGACUUGCUGCUACAGCCGCAGCAACGGCAACGGCAGACUCGCAGCGCGUUGACGAGUCUCCGUACUGGGAAACAGGACUGUUUGGCCUCAACCUGGACCCGCUCGCCUCCAUCGAUGCCUUCGUCUGCGGCUACUGCGUCAGCAGUGCCCACUUCAACGUAAUUUAUCGGGAGGAGCAAGGCAUGUUCGCGCCCAUGAUCGCGGGCUUAUUCUGCGUUGACUGCUUCUGCUUUGACUGCCUCGUCAUCGAUAACUUCUGGGUAGACGCGGUGUUCCCCCUCUUCUACCCGUGGAGUGCGCUGGCGCUGCAUACCUUUGUCAUCCGCCGUGAGGUGCGCCGCCGCUACGGGAUUCGUGGUAACCCGUUCAUCGUCAAGAACGGCGACGGCAACGACGGCGACGGUGGCGCACACCCGGCACGUGACGUGACGGUGGCCGGCGCGGACGCCGCGACUCCGCGGGAAGGGGCACAGAACGCAGCGGUGGCGAAUCAGCUCAACCCCUCCACUUCAACGCGCAGCAGCACAGUGGCCGCAGCAGCAGCAGCGGUAGUCACCCCUACAGCCGGUGAGGCGCUGUCAAGCGUCGCAGCCGACUCGACGCCUAAAGCGCGACCAGAGCAGCCCGAGCGCUUCUCAACGGAUGCGGCUCCGUCGACGACCACGGCGGCAGCAACAGCAGAAGCGACGCCACCACAGCCAGCUCCAACAGAAUCCACCGUUGCCGACGCCGCGGCGGCGCCGUCGCGAAGCCUUGGCCUCUCCGAGCUGCAGCGCGUGCAGUGGUUGGAGUGCGGUGCCGAUGCGCUGAUCUCAGCCUUUUGCACCCCCUGCGCGAUCGCGCAGCAUCACCGCGAGAUGUCGCUGCGGGGGGAGUGGCCGGGCAAGGUUGUUUUCAGUCGGGAGUGCUUCUGCGGUGCGCGCGAGCAGCUGCCGUCUGUCACGGCCGUGACCAGCAUGUUCUGA